AUGGGUGUCCCUGCGCUUUUCCGAUGGCUCUCCAACAAAUAUCCGAAGAUUAUUUCUCCGGUUAUUGAGGAGCAAGCCCAACAAGUGGACGGCGAAGAAAUCCCGUUGGACAUCACCGGCCCCAACCCUAAUGGCGAGGAGCAGGAUAACCUUUACCUCGAUAUGAACGGUAUCGUCCAUCCUUGUACGCACCCUGAGGGCAAGCCCCCUCCAGCGGAUGAGCAGGAGAUGAUGCUGGAGAUCUACAAGUACACUGAUCGCGUCGUGAACAUGGUGCGCCCAAGGAAGCUUCUCAUGAUCGCCAUUGAUGGUGUUGCCCCCAGAGCCAAGAUGAACCAGCAGCGCGCACGUCGAUUCCGCUCCGCGCAAGAAGCCAGAGAGAACGACGCAAAGAAGGAGGAACUCCAUAAGAUGCUCGCUCAGCAGCACAAGACGAAAACCGGCGAGGAUUACAUUCGGGAGGAAGUUGUCCAGAAAACAUGGGAUAGUAACGUCAUCACGCCUGGAACACCUUUCAUGGAUAUCCUGGCAGCCUCGCUACGAUACUGGAUUGCCUACAAGCUCAACACUGACCCUGGUUGGGAAAACUUGAAAAUCAUCAUCUCGGAUGCCACGGUUCCCGGAGAAGGAGAGCACAAGAUUAUGAACUUUGUGCGAUCGCAGCGCGCAUCGCCUGAUCAUGACCCUAACACUCGUCAUGUCAUUUACGGUCUGGAUGCCGAUCUGAUCAUGUUGGGUCUUGGCACACACGAGCCCUACUUUAGAGUUUUGCGAGAAGACGUUUUCGCUCAAGACUCAAGAGGUCGGGGAUGUAGGCUGUGUGGGCAGAAUGGACACAAGGCCGAAGAGUGUCUAGGUCGCCCUAAGGAGAAGAAUGGAGAAUUUGAUGAAAAGCAAAACGCUGCUCCUCUGAAGCCAUUCAUUUGGCUACAUGUCGCUGUGCUUAGAGAAUAUCUUGCGGUUGAACUUCGUGUUCCCCAGCAGCCCUUCCCCUUCGACUUGGAACGUGCCCUUGAUGACUGGGUGUUCAUGUGUUUCUUCGUCGGAAACGAUUUCCUUCCUCACUUGCCCUCCCUGGAUAUUCGUGAGAAUGGUAUCGACACACUGAUUGCGAUCUGGCGUGACAAUCUUCCUGCCAUGGGUAGCUACCUUACUAAAGAUGGAAGUGUCGAGCUGAAAAAUGCCCAAAUCAUCUUGCAAGGACUGGCCAAACAAGAAGACGCUAUCUUCCGCCGCCGUAGACAAGCGGAGGAGAGGAAGCAAGCCAAUGAGAAGAGACGCAAGGAACAGGAUGAGGCCCGCAAUGCGGAGCGCUCCCAAAAGCGCAGACGCAGUUCACCGCAAUACGACGCUAAGUCUGGCGGUCGCUCUGGUGGUCCUGCUGAGAUAGUCCCACCUAUGGAACUGAUCACUCCCGGUCGUGGUAAUUUGGCAAAGGAGACCAGGGAGCUGACUCAUGACAUGGUCACCAACCGUGGUGCCGUGUAUCGUGCCAAUAUGGAGAACAAGAGUGCCGCUGCCGUGUUGAAGAGCAAGCUCAUGAAGGGCAAGCAGAACGAGCCUGAGCCCAGUGAGACACCGGUUGAAGAUACAUCUUCGGCACUCGGAAAGCGCAAAGCUGAGGCAGCCGAUCAAGAGGACGGCGAGGCGGGAACCCCGGGCAGAGACUCCCCUCCGCCUCCUCCCGCCGUUGAGAAGCCGAAGACAGAUGAAAUGCCCGAGGACACUGUCAUGCUCUGGGAACCAGGUUACGCUGAUAGAUACUACGAGCAAAAGUUCAAUGUGGAUCCCAAGAACCACGAGUUCCGCCACCAGGUCGCUCGUGACUAUGCCCUAGGCCUAUGCUGGGUUCUUCGAUACUAUUUCCAAGGAUGUCCUAGCUGGAGUUGGUACUACCCCCACCACUACGCGCCCUUUGCUGCCGAUUUCGUCGAUAUCGCGGAUAUGCCGGUGGAGUUUGACCAAGGCAAACCGUUCAGACCCUUUGAGCAGCUGAUGGGUGUGCUUCCCGCCCAAUCUAACCACGCGCUGCCUAAGGUUUUCCAUCCUCUGAUGGAAGAUGCGAACUCCCCUAUCAUUGAUUUCUAUCCAGAGGAUUUCCCGCUCGAUCUCAACGGUAAGAAGUUCGCGUGGCAGGGUGUAAUUCUUCUGCCCUUCAUCGACGCAAACCGCCUUCUCGAGGCUAUGGGAACCGUCUAUCCUCUUCUGACCGAGGAGGAGAGAAGUCGCAACACCCAUGGCUCCGAAGUCCUGCUUCUAUCUGACCGGAACCCACUGUACCAAGAUCUUGUUUCCAACUUCUAUUCCAAGAAACCAGGCCCUGCGCAGUACCCGAUCAAGCAAGACCUCAGCGCGGGCCUGGCAGGUAUUGCCGAGCGUAGCGAUACCUACAUUCCCCACAGCUCGUUGGUCUCGCCCCUGGAGGCACACGGCAUGCCCGGAGUUGAUGAGGACCGUUCUCUCACGGUGUUGUACACACUCCCCAAGUCGUCUCAUGUUCACAAGUCCAUGCUGCUGCGCGGCGUGAAGCUGCCGACACCAAUGCUGGACUCGAGUGACAUCAGAGCCACCAAGGGUCGUGCUCAGAACUCAGGCCGAUCCUUCGGUGGUGCUCCUUUCCAAGGCCGAGGCCGCGGUGGCCGCGGUGGCUACCAAGGUGAUCGCCCUCAAAAUGAUCGCCCGAACCCAUUCGCCGGUCAUCUUGAUCCCAACUUUGCCCCCGGACCUCCGGGUGGUCCCGCCGGAGCUCACAUGGUGCCUCCUGGGUGGGUGCCCCCUGGUCAAGGAUACGGAGGUUACUCCAGAGGACCUCCCCCUCCUCCACGUGGUGGAAUGGCCAACCAAUACCCACCCCAACAAGGUUAUCAACAACCCCCUGCUCAUUACAAUCAGUAUAACCAGGGCGGUCAAUACAACAAUGGGUAUCAAGGAGGCGGCUACGGCUCGAACGAUUAUCGCGGAGGCCGAGGCGGCGGCGGUUAUCGUGGAGGAAGAGGCCGCGGAAAUUACCAAGGCCAAGGUGGAGGUGGAGGUGGAUAUGGUCGCUACUAA